CCUUAUUUUGGUAAGUUAUCUUCCCGUUACUUUAUCAUCAAAUAUUUUUUUAUUCGUGAUGAAAAUUAUUUUAUGUUGGUUAAACAAAUUACAGCUCAAUUUAAUACAAUAUUGCUCAAUUUUAUUAGCUGAUUAACUGAUAUAGCAAUAUGAUUACAGUUUUCAGAACUGUAUUAGUUAUUAAACUAUACCGAUAGUAUUUUUUAAUAUUCAGUAUGAUAUGCUAUUUUAAGAUUUUGCAUAUUUAUAUUUCUUAUUUGAAAUUUUUGUAUUGAAAUUACACUAUUCCUUUCUACUAUAGUAAUCUUUAUUCUGUAUUAGUACUUUUUACUCAUAUUGUUGCGGUUUUCAUAACAUUAUUGUCUAUUUAUUUAAUAGUAAAGGUUAUCAUUUAAAGCACAGUAGUUAUUUACUUUUUCUGAAGCAUGGUUAUUUUAACAUUUCAGGACUUAAGCACACAAAUAUGCGUUCCAGAAAAUGAAAUUUAAAAAAAAAAAUGGAGUAACCUGCGUACUCAAUUUACAAAGGAGAAACAUAAAGAGAAAAAAAAAUUAUACAUCUGGUGCAAGCACUGCCAUGCAGUACAAAUCGGCAUGGCAGUUUUACACAUCGUUACAAUUUUUAAGUGAUGUCGUGUCCUUAAGGAAUACUGUGACUUCUUUGGAUUUUAAUGAUACUAGUACACAAGAAAGAAGUGCAGAAGUUACCAGUCAUUCUGAGGAGAUGUUUGACAUGAACGAUUUUGAAGACACUGAAGAGACACAGAGAGAACUAUGUCAUACACAAACACUACCACAGCUAAAAAGACACACAUCAAACACUACAACUUCAAACAAAAAACAGAAACACGAUCACAUUUACACAGCAGCCACAACAACACUUGGAAGAAAUUUCUACAAUAUUAAAAUCAAAAAACACUACUCCAAAUACAUUUACACAGUUCGGUUCCUUUGUUGGUUCCGAACUAAGUCUAAUCCGUGA